AUGGCAGAGAAAAAGGAUCCUUUCCAUGUUCUCAUUAUAGGCUCAGGUAUGGUCGUCAUCCUUGUCACCUUGCGGCCGGCCAUUAAUGAUGAUCUCUACUACGUGGAACAGGAGGGCAUAUCUUACGCCAUCUACGAAUCUGAACCUUCUGCCACGACAUACCGGCCACGAGAAUGGGGGAUGUCGGUGCAAUGGGGCUUACCCAUGCUCGCUGAUUGCCUGCCCAAGGAACUCUUCGACCGCAUCUACACCGCUGCUGUCGACCCCAAUUUCGAACCCCCAGAUCCUGGUAUUCUUCCGACAUACAAUGGCGAGACGGGUGAGUUGAUGAAAAACAUCCCACUGUUGCGCAUGUAUCGCGUCUCUCGCCGCCGCUUCAGGAAGUUGUGCUCAGAAGGUAUUGACGUUCAGUAUAACAAAACAUUCACCGAAGUCACGUAUGAUGACGACAAUUCCACUGUCACGGCUGUCUUCCAGGAUGGGUCACAGGCGACGGGUAACUUGCUGAUCGGAGCUGAUGGUGUCAAGUCGAAAGUCAGGGAGUCUAUCUUCGGGGAGGAAGGACAGGCCCUCAGCGUUCCCUAUUCAGCGGUCAACCUGCACGUUUGCUACAAUGAUGCCGACAAAGCAAGAUUUGUUCGCCAGGGCCAUCCAAUAAUGACGAUGGGUAUGCACCCGAAUGGGUAUUGGCAGUGGAUCUCCAUCCAAGAGGUGCCGGAUCCUGACAACCCAGCGACCUGGGUGUUUCAGCUUCAGACAACGUGGCAUCGGAAAGAAGGCGAACAAGUAGAUUCGCUCGCAAACUUGAAAGCGAAGGCGGAAACAAUGGGUGAACCUUUUCGUUCGGCGAAUCUUUGGAUCCCUGAGGGAACAAAAGUCUACUCGAACAACUUGUCAUACUGGAUUCCUCGACCCUGGGACACCCAUAAGGGAAGAGUCCUCCUUGCAGGCGAUGCAGCUCACCCAAUGACUUUCCAAAGAGGUCAAGGCCUGAACCAUGGAAUCGCAGACUCCCGAAGCUUGGUACUCAAAUACAAGAAUGCACAGGAGGGGAAAACCAGCUAUGAAGAAGCCGCUGAGGCGUAUCAAGCUGAAAUGGUAGACCGUGCUGGUGAAGAAGUUCGCUUGUCGAAAGAGAAUACUGAAAUGCUUCAUGAUUGGGAAAGAAUGGCAAACUCACCCAUCAUGCAACGAGGUGGCCAUCCCCGGGAGCAGCAGCAAAGUAGCAAACCCUAG